AUGAAAUAUCGUGCUCCUUACAAGCAGAAUUUAAAGGAUUCACACCAGGAUCACCUCGAGCAAUACGUUUUAUUGUCAGGCAGUAUUCGUGAAAUAUUCUGUGGUCCAUCAAAUUAUGGAAAAACAAAUGUACUUUUGUCUUUAAUAUUACAUCCUAAUGGUCUCAGAUUUGAUAAUAUUCAUCUUUAUUCAAAAUCUUUGCAACAACCAAAGUUUAAAUUCUUGGAACAAUUUGAGGCAAUUAGACGUAAACAUCGUUUAUUUACAUUAGGAAAAGAAAAUGUUGAAAAUCUGUUGAACGAAACCUUCAAACAUAUAGUUGAACCUUUACAAAAAAUUAUUACCAUAAAUGACAUUAAGCGUGAAACUUUUAAAACGGAAAGGAUAGAAAAGGAGAAAAAAGGUGAAAGUAAAGAGGAAGAUGAUAAUUUAAGUUUUAAGAGUAUUGAAGAUAGUGAAUCAACAAUAAUCCCAGACUUAGAGUAUGAUAAACUGUUAAAUAAGUAUAUUUACUUGAUAGAUCAAAACAGAAAACAGUGUUUGGAUCUAGUAUAUGGAGUACGUAAGAUGCGAGAUGGAUCACUUCUGAUUGGUGAUAAACCAAUAAUUUUUAAUCAACAGUUUUUGAAUGUUGGAAAUAGACGUUUUAGCAUUACCCCUGGAUUAUUGGAACUUUUAUUUAAAAAUAAACCGGAGAAUUCACACAUUAGUGAUCAUGAUAUAAAUAAUUAUAAGCAAAUUCUCAUCGACUCCAAUGCACAUAGAAAAAAAUACAGUGCUUCUGAACCUAUUAAUAUAAGUAAAAGUUUUAAAUACACUAAUGUUAUUUCAAAUCUAUUUCCUCAUUCUGUAACUCCGAAAAGUAAGUCAAAAACUGGUACAUCACUUCCAAAAUUUAUGAUUACAAAAAGAAAUUUUCAACCAGACUACAUCUAUUGGGAUGAUCCAAAUGAGUUAGAUGAUCGUUUGAGACUAUUUACUGCAUCACAAGCAGCUGGUAAUCCAAGUCAUAAUAAUGAAAUUAUGUCCAUUAUUGAAGAAUUAAGUGAAGCCAAAAUUAUAUAUUAG